GUUUACAACGAUCGACCUGGCUGCAACUUUUUGAGCUCUUCAAAAGACCCCAUAUUGUCUCCUCUCGCGUGGGAAAACCCCCCAGAAUACAAGAAGCAGAUGGCAAAUGAAGCUAAGCCAUGCCCCUGUGAUAUUGGUGAUCGGAUGGACUAUGGGGGGCUCGGCCAGGAGGUUCAGAUCGAGCACAUCAAAGCUUACGUCGUGAAGCCAUCCUCUGCAUCUGACAAGGCCAUCAUAGUCAUACAAGACAUCUAUGGCUGGCAGCUUCCCAACACCAGAUACAUGGCUGAUAUGUUGGCUGCCAAUGGAUACACUGCUGUUUGUCCAGACUUCUAUACUGGAAAGGAGCCGUGGGGUCCGUCACACGACUGGUCCAAAUUUCAGGAGUGGCUUGAAGACAGAAAGCCAACCAACAUUAACAAAGAGGUGGAUGCAGUGCUGAGGUUCCUGAAGGAGCAGUGUGGUGCCAAACACAUUGGAGCAGUGGGCUUCUGCUGGGGAGGGGUGGCAACACAUUACCUGACCCUACAGUAUCCAGAUGUCAAAGCUGGAGUGUCAGUCUACGGGAUCAUCCGUGAAAGAGAGGACAGGUACGACCUCAAGAGUCCGACGCUGUUCAUCUUUGGGGAAAAAGAUGAAGUUAUACCUCUGGACCAGGUGAGUGCCCUUGAAGCAAAGCUUAAGGAGAAGUGCACAGUGGAUUACCAGGUGAAGGUUUUCCCUGGUCAGACUCACGGGUUUGUCCACCGCAAAAGAGAAGACAUCAACCCCACAGACAAACCCAGCAUCCAAGAGGCCAGGACAGACAUGCUCAACUGGCUCAACAAGUACAUGUAAAUGAGAAAGUCAAAUGCAUCAGCAUAUGGUCAGUCAGUCAUACAAAAUUGCUGCAGUUGGAAAUGAUGCUGAGAAUGUUUCUAAACAGGAUAAACAUUUUAAAUGUAGAGGCACUAUUCCAGAGAGCUCAGGACAGUGAUUGUUAGCCAUAAUUUUAGUUUGAUUGGUGACAUUCCAGUAGUUUUCCAAAUGUUCCUUGUAUGUUUUUUCUUCUUUUGAAGAGGUCUGAAUGUUUAUGUAUGGAUACUUUGAUGCUGCAAUUUCAGUGUUAAUGAAAUGUGAAUUUAAAUUGCGGAGCCAUAACUAUUUAGCACUUGUGCCAAAAUAAAUAUGCAAUUAUGUUGUAAAGAACAGAAGAUUGUAUAGAAUUUAGUAUGUGGAUUACUUUUUAAUGCAUCAGAUUUCCAAUUUUUGUGCACAUUCAAGUUUUAUAAAGACAUGUACUUUUCACCUGAUGUGGAAAACACAAAUAAAAGGUCAAAUAUC